AUGGACAUGUAUAUUCAAAAGGAGAAGGAAAUGAAUGAUUUCAAGGAAGAAUUAAAAGACAAGAUAUUACUUUUCGAUAGAAUAUUGAGUCUAAAUGAAAGAAAUGAAAAAGUAGUAAAUGAAAAACAAAAAGAAAUUAAUAAACUUAAAAAGCAAUUGGAAGACAAAGAUAGGGAAAUGGACAGGCGUAUUCAAGACGAGAAGCUCUCCAACUGUGGUCAGAUCACUGGAAAAGAAGACAAAGCAGAUCCUCUCGAGGAGGAACUUGGGGAGAAGGAACAACACGAGAUUGAAGAGCUCCUGAAGGAGUUGAAGAAGAAGCAGCGGGAGAUUGAGGAGCUUUCGUGUCAAAACCUGAGACAAGAAGAGGAACUACAAACGAAGCAGAAGGAAGUUGAACGGAUUGAGAACCUGAGAGAACAAGAUCGGGCCCAGCACUUGGAGUACGUGGAAUCUUGCUUCGGGGAAAUAAACGAGCGCAUAGGCAAGGAGAUCAUCGAGAUGGAAGUAGAGCUCUUUUGUCUACGCGGAGAAGUUCAGCAGAAGAACAGAUUGCUGAAGGAACUUGGAGUCCCGUUGGAAAUUCUCAACGAGGAGGAGCCGGGACAAGUGGAGGAUGAAAAAGGAAGCUCGUCUUCAACAGCUGGUUGCUGA